AGUAUCGAAAUUGCUUGAUACCACUUUGGGUGUAGUAGCGUUCAUCCCUGGUUUUGUACAGUCCUGAAAUGGUCUACUAAUAAAAUUACUUAACUAAUAAAACUGAAAGCCUCGCCUCCCCUGUUGGUGUUUUUCAUUUUUAUAUAGUUUAUUGGCGUCUUCGAGUCAUCAUCCAGUCUGGGCCACCCAAAGGAGAAGAAAGUGGGGAGCAAGAGAUUCAAGAUUCGAUAUAAUCUAAAAACUUGGAUUCUGAUCUGAAUCGAAGCAAGCGGAUCCAUGAAACCCUCUUGUUCCUUGUGUUUCACAUAAAGUAAGAUCUCAACAAGCCUUUGAUUUCAUCGUUUUCUUUUUAUUUUCUCUUUUUUGGAUUUGGGAUUGGAUGGCUUCAAAUCCCAAUCCUCAACCGCAAAGUGGCGGUGGUGGCAGCGGUGGGUUUGAUUUGAACAAGCUGUUUAAACCCAGUUCUAGCCCUAUGUUGCAGCAUCAGCAUCUUCAGAACGUGAACGUGACAGCAACUUCUCCAAGUCCAACUCCAAGUCCUAACACUUCAAACCUUACUACAUCCCCAUCUUUCCCAGCCCAAUCCUCAACGCCGCCUCCACCGCCCUAUUUGACGCCUUCUUCCUCUUACCCUCCGCCUACUGGGCCUUACCCUUUCCACCACUACCUUCCUUACCCUCCUCCUCCUCAACCCCAACACCCUUUGCAUCCUCAUCCUAAUCCUACUGGACCCAUUCCUUAUCAUCCCCAACCCCAACUCCCCACCCCUCCUACUUCCGGAAACGACAUUUUGAUGGCCUUCUUUGGCACUCAAGCUCAGUCACUAGCUCCUGCUCCUGUCCCUUCUGCCCCGCCUCUUAAUAUGACUGUCACCCCAUCUGCUCCUUCGCCCUCUCCCUCACCUGCCCGACUGUUGAGCAGCAAGGUCCCGAAGGGCAGGCAUCUCUCUGGGACCAAUCUCCUUUACGAUAUUCAUGUCAGGCUACCCAGUGAAGUACAACCCCAACUUGAGGUCACUCCCAUUACCAAGUACGCAUCUGAUCCUGGCCUUGUUCUUGGUCGUCAGAUUGCUGUUAAUAGGAAUUACAUUUGCUAUGGUCUCAAGCUUGGGAAUAUACGUAUCCUCAACAUCAACACUGCCCUCCGGUCCUUGCUUCGUGGCCACACUCAGAGAGUAACAGAUAUGGCUUUUUUUGCUGAGGAUGUCCACCUUUUGGCCAGUGCAAGUGUUGAUGGCCGGGUUUUUGUAUGGAGGAUCAAUGAGGGACCUGAUGAUGAAGAUAAGCCGCAAAUUUUUGGCAAAGUUGUUAUUGCCCUUCAGAUCGUAGGGCAAGAAUCAUCAAAACAUCCACGAGUCUGCUGGCAUCCUCACAAACAAGAGAUUUUGAUGGUUGCUAUCGGAAAUCGUAUCCUGAAAAUUGAUACAAUCAAAGUUGGAAAACUUGAUGGAUUUUCAGCAGAGGAACCUCUUAAUUUCUCUGUUGAUAAGCUUAUUGAUGGGGUUCAGUUUGUUGGCAAACAUGAUGGUGAGAUUACUGAGUUGUCAAUGUGCCAAUGGUUGACUACCCGUUUAGCUUCAGCUUCAGUAGAUGGCACGGUGAAAAUUUGGGAAGAUCGUAAGCCCAUACCACUUGCAGUGUUGAGGCCACAUGAUGGACAUCCUGUUUACUCGGCAACAUUCUUGACUGCCCCACAUCGCCCUGAUCAUAUUGUUCUUAUCACAGGAGGCCCACUAAACCGUGAAGUGAAGAUAUGGGCCUCUUCAGGUGAAGAGGGCUGGUUGUUGCCCAGUGAUGGUGAAUCAUGGCAGUGUAUGCAGACAUUGGAAUUGAGGUGUUCUGCUGAGUCUGAGGUUGACAAUGCAUUCUUUAAUCAAGUUUUGGCACUGCCCCAUGCAGGCCUGUUUCUGCUUGCAAAUGCCAAGAAGAAUGCUAUAUAUGCUGUACACAUAGAAUAUGGGCAUAAUCCUGCAGCUACCUGCAUGGAUUACAUAGCUGAAUUCACUGUCACAAUGCCUAUAUUGAGUCUCACGGGAACAAGUGAUAGUUUGCCAGGUGGAGAAUAUACUGUCCAAGUCUACUGUGUUCAAACACAGGCUAUUCAGCAAUAUGCUUUGGACUUGUCUCAGUGCCUACCACCACCCCUGGAAAACACAGACUUGGAUAAAACUGAUUCUAAUGUUGCUCAUGUUUCUGAUGCCAUGAACUCUGAUGGUUCUGCUUCUCAGGAAUUAUCUCAUGGAUAUAAACCAACUGAGAAGACUAUAAACUACAGUAGCUCUGAAAGCGCUGCCAUGGCGAGCUGUUCACAAAACGUAGCUUCUUCAGAGGUUACAUUCAUAUCUGAGAGUGCUGUGUCUGGCAUGGAAAUUAAGCCAAGUGCUUUGCUGUCUGGUAGUAGUGCUGAAAAUGUGCACAUUGCAACACCUCCACUUCCAUUAAGUCCAAGGUUAUCACGGAAGUCUUCUGGUUUUGGAAAUCCAUCAAGUGUUGAUCAUGUUAACCGCUCAGCACCUGAUCAUUCUGUUGAUCACAAAGUAGACACGGUUAAAGAGAAUAAUGUUGUAGUGCCCUACGCAGGUGAGAACUUGCAGAAAGGUGAAGAUAUUGCAGUGUUCAAACAUCCAACCCAUCUGGUAACACCAUCAGAGAUAUUGUCUACCGUGUCUUCAUCGACAGAAAAUGCACAAAUCAGUCAGGUUAUUAAUGAGGGUGAGGCAACAAUCAAAGAUGUGGUCAAGAAUGAUGCUGAAAGCAUAGAGGUAGAAGUUGAUGUUCUUGGUGAGACUAAAUAUUCACAAGGCUCUCAUACUACAGUUGGAGAUAACAAAGAAAAGGCCUUCUACUCACAGGCAUCAGAUCUUGGCAUUCAGAUGGCUAGAGAUUUUUGUGUAGAAAGUUAUGGCAUUGAGGGAGCUCAACAAGCUAGUCACUUGGGUGUUUUGGUUCAAGCAGAUAGACUAACUAAUGCUGGUGAUGGGGGUGACCAGAAUGUGAUUAAAAAUGCCCCUCCAAAGGUUGGUGAAACAGACACUGCCAUCACUGGUUCCCCAUCUCCAGCUUCUGCUAAAGGGAAAAAGCAGAAGAAGAAAAAUUCUCAAGUAUCUGUCCCAUCUUCCCCUUCAGCUAGCCCAUAUAAUUCCACGGAUUCAUCUAAUGAACCAGGUUGCAGUUCUGGGGCUCUGUCAGCUGAUGCUAAUUUCCCCCAAUUGCUGGCCAUGCGGGAUAUGCUUGAGCAGUCCCUUAGCGUGCAGAAGGAAAUGCAGAAGCAGAUGAAUGCAAUUGUCUCUGCUCCUGUUAACAAAGAAGGGAAAAGACUGGAAGCAUCCUUGGGCAGGAGCAUUGAGAAAGCUGUAAAGGCAAACACAGAUGCUUUGUGGGCCCGUAUCCAAGAUGAAAAUGCAAAACAAGAGAAGUUAGAGAGAGACCGCAUGCAGCAGAUAACAAAUUUGAUCACCAACUGUUUAAAUAAGGACUUGCCAGCCAUGUUUGAGAAAUCCUUAAAGAAGGAAAUAGCUGCAGUUGGCCCUGUUGUGGCUCGUGCUAUUAGUCCCACUCUGGAGAAAAGUAUAUCUUCUGCUAUUACAGAGUCAUUCCAGAAAGGCAUUGGGGAGAGGGCAGUGAAUCAUUUGGAGAAGUCAGUCAGUUCAAAACUUGAAGCAACAGUGGCCAGGCAAAUCCAAGCACAAUUUCAAACUACUGGAAAGCAAGCACUUCAGGAUGCACUGAGAUCUAGCUUGGAAACUUCUGUUAUUCCAGCAUUUGAGAUGUCAUGCAAAUCAAUGUUUGAGCAAAUUGAUGUCACAUUUCAUAAAGGGCUAAUAGAACACACAGCAACUGCUCAGCAGCAAUUUGAAAAUUCACAUUCUUCCCUUGCUGCUGCUCUACAGGAAGCUAUUAAAUCUGCAACUUCAAUCACACAAACCUUAAGUGGUGAACUGGCCAACGCGCAACGAAAUCUUCUAGCUAUAGCAGCUGCAGGUGGCAACUCCAAUGCAGGAAAUCCCUUGGUUUCACAAUUGAGUAAUGGACCACUGACUCAUCUGCAUGAGAUGCCUGAGGCACACUUAGAUCCAACUAAAGAGUUAGCAAGAUUGAUAGCUGAAAAGAAAUAUGAAGAAGCAUUCACCUCAGCCCUGCAUAGAAGUGAUGUCUCUAUAGUUUCCUGGUUGUGUUCUCAGGUUAAUCUGCAAGGGAUAUUGUCAAUGAAACCAUGUCCACUGAGCCAAGGAGUAUUGCUGGCACUUUUUCAGCAACUGGCUUGUGAUAUCAACAAGGAAACAAGUAGAAAGCUUGUAUGGAUGACUGAUGUAGCUGUUGCCAUAAUCCCCUCGGAUCCGACAAUAGCCAUGCAUGUGGUACUAAUCUUUAGGCAGGUGUCUCAGAUUGUGGAUCAUUUACAAAGCAUGUCCACGACAUCUGCCUCAGAAACCGCCAGCAUCCGGGUUCUUAAGUUUGUCAUAAACAGUGUGUUGAACUGUAAAUGAUUUUUGUGCUAAUUUUUGCAAGAAGAUUUUCCCUUUUUUUUCCCCUUUACAUAUAGAAAUUUAGGAACAUACGGUGAAAAAGGUGGAUAUUUCGUAAAUUCAGUUGUAUGUUUCAAUGUGUGAAAUAGUUGAGUUUAUUUGUUUAUCAA